AGGAGGUCCAGUUUCGAUUAUUACCUCUCAAAUUAUAUCCAUGGCCGAGUGAAAGAAGAUGAGGGCUACCAAAGAAUCGAAGAAGAAAACUCGUCCAUCAUCACCGCUCAGGGACCGAACCGGCGCCUCCGACAGGUUCGAAUCGAGGCGUAAUGGGUCUCGCCCAUCAACCAUCACUCCCUCUUCUUCCCUUCGGGAACGGGACCUCGUCACCGGCGACGACUGUCUUCUCCGAGACCUAAAACUCUCUCCCGAUGACUCAGUUUCAGACUAUAAUCCCCGUAGCUUUCCUCACAGUGUGAAGCAGCAAUGCUGGGACAAGGCCGAGAAGAUCAAAGGAAGGGACCCAGCUCGGUGGCGCCGAGAUGCUCUUGGUAACAUCGUUUUUCGGAAGCUUGUUGGCUGCCCCGGUUGUCUUUGCCAUGAUUAUGAUCACAUUUUGCCUUACUCUAAGGGUGGAAAAAGCACUUUGGAAAACUGUCAGGUUUUGCAGGCAACCGUUAAUCGAACAAAGGGAAACCGUACUGAAAUUUCAAGGGCAGAACUAAUACAAAAAAGCUCUUACUGCCGGGUUUCAGGUCGAGACAUGGAUCUUCUUGAAUUAUCUGCCUAUGGAAAUGUACAUCGUGGACAAGACUCUGGAGGGUGUAAAAUUCAGUGACUAAUUUGAGUGAUUAUAAAUUUAUAACCUGUAGUAGAAUCGAUUCCAGCAUGAGACGUGGAAACUCAACAAAAAAAGAUUGAAAUGAAAAAAGUAGGGAAUUUUCCUGGUGUUUUUUAGUACAUUCCUUUCUAUGUAUCGGGUAUGUAUGAAUCGCUUAUACGAACAAUCUCAUUGUUGAGAACAAGCGAUGGCUUAUGCUCUGAUGUUUCAGAUGUGUAUUGGACCUAUGAUCGAAGGGUUACAGUCAAAAGCAAGUUCAUCAUACUGGAGAGGAAAGAAAGUGAAAGAAAAAGCAUAAAAUGGAAGUGUAUGAGCAAGUUGUCAAUACAUUUGUAAAGUUAAAAUUCUUACCAAUCCCAUUAUCAGGCAGGAGAGAAGUUGGAUGUUCCUUU